AGCGCCGGCACUUUGUGCGUUACCACCGACUGUGACACUUCAAGUUCGCGGCGGCACUCCGGUAUAAUGAGCAAACAUUCGACAGCUUUACGCUUACAAGACAGAUCUAGCUAGUGUCAGCGACUGGAUAUAAGGAGCUCAAGAGCGCAUGAUAGAAGAAAGAGCCUGCAUCGCGUUGCAAGACGUCCGGCCAAGAAACGCCCGCCGCAAGUUUGCAGCACGCUGCCAAGCGCGGCGUCUCUCGUUCCCUGGACAGUUCCCGGAUCCACUCCAGGUCAACACCGUCGGCCGGUGACUUCGCAGGCAAAGUGCGCCGGCUCGUUAGUUCAACCUCGAGAGCCGCCAAUGGCGGAGGUCCUCCUCGCGAAACCACCACUAGUGCACAACGUCUACGCUGACGGGAAGUCGGGGAAUGCGCUAAUCCACGUCGCCGUGCAGAUGCAGAACUCCAAUGACUGGACAGCCGCCCAGGAUUCUCGUAUCACUGCGAAUGCUUGGGCUGCGACGAUUGCGUUCGUUGUAUAUGACUGGUCUUUGACCUUCGCUGACGAGGCAAGUCCAAUUAUGGUGCCGCCCAUAACGCGCUGA